GUAAAACUGCAGUCGAAGCUGAGAGCGCGAAUCGUCCAGCACCUGGCGCAGCGUACUCGUUUGACUAAUAUCUUCUGUUUUUACCCUAAUGUGUAGAAAGACAAGUAGGUCAAAACAACAGAAUGAAGUGCGUAUUUGUUUCAGCAAAACUCUUGACUUUUUCAUACAACACCAGGAGCUCUGCUUCUGGCGGCAACGAGUCCAGCCCGGAUACCACGAAGACCGACUCCCCCGUCCUGAUUUCAGAUGACGACGAUUGUGCCCUGAUCGAAGCCACUAAAAAAAUUGCAGACAGAGCCGGAGGUGGUGGCACUGCCAAUCUAUUUUCUCCAGCAAAGCCGUUGGCGAAUAUUCCUGGAGCUGGAGCGUCAAAAAGUACUCGGACAAGUACUUUAUGUGAAUCUCCUGAAAAAAAUGUCGACGGCACACGGAUUUACGAUGGAGCGAAAGCUGGAGUGUCGACGGUCGACGACGCAUCGGCACUAGAUGGACGGGUCACCCCUAUCGCUAGGCGCUUUUUUGGCUAUGUUCGAACCACACCCACUAUGCUAGUAGUCAGGAAUGGCGCCACAUUUUGCCGAGUCGAAGAGAAUGAUUCGCGAGGAGGCCAAAAGCGAGGGUUUUUGCGGCUUCAGUGUUUUCCGUUGAGUUCAGUGAUGACAUCGGCGCAGCAUGGCGACUACACUGCGGCGUGCAUGAGCUCGCGCAGUUUUUACACCUCGUUGCUGGGCAGUCCGCUGAGGCAGCUUUCACGUGCGCUGAUUGAGGGCUUAGCCUCGGUUGUAAUCUUUCUUUUUCUGCGUUCCCUAUUUCCAAGGAGCGGUGAUGCGCACGUACUUGAGAUCUUCUGCGCCAAACUUGAGGAGAAUGGUGAUGGCGCAGGCCGAGCAGCAAGUUCUCUCCGUGCGCUCUUGCCAUGUCCGAAGGAGAGGACUUUCAAUGCCCGACUCUACUUGAUUAUGGGAGUCUUCAACCAAGUCUCCAGUGACGUGCUUCAGUUCUAUUCGGAGUCCGGACUCACUGGUUUUGCGAGCAUCGCUGCUUUCUGUUUGCUUGUAGCGAAUAUUUGGCGCAUGGGCUUAGACCUUGCCAGAACCAAAUCAGACGCCGAGAAACUUCAGCGGCCGAAAAAGACGCCCUGCCGAAAAACUUCAGCGGGUGGACCACUCGAUGGCAUAGAUGGAUUGCUCGUCUCUUCUGGUAGCCCUUCACCGCCUUCACGGAAGGCAAGCAAGGAAUCUCGCGACCUCUCUGUCAACUCCAAGGGCACACCUGACCGGAAUGCUGGUAAUUACAAAAGCAUGACGUGGUGAGUUGAGGUAGUGGUUUGAUUAUAUUAAGCGGCUAAAAAACAAAUAAUCCAUCCGUUUUUAAGUGACCUCCUCCCAUAGCAGCAAAUUGGUAAUUCCCCCGUUGUGUUAGAGGUGUGUUGCAAAUCUUGACUGGCUUCUUCCUUCUGAUAAUAUAAGGAUGGGGCUUAGGUCCAGCGACGCUUAAAGCACUAAAGUAAAGCAGCCGGUUAGUUUUCACCUCUAUCCCUAGACUUAUCCCUUCAGACAAUUAUGAUUAUGCUGCAUUUGUUGAAGGUGAUUGGAAGUAUGAGCAUUUUCUAUGACUACAACUACCGCAGACGACAGAGGAGGUCAAUCUUGUUGACCAAGGAUGCGAGAACUUUCAAUUUUGUUCAUCGAUCUCUACGACACAGGGGGAGCGUUCGGGAGACACGACGCUAACAACGAGGUGGCACAGGUGCAAGAGAGAAGGGAUGUCUUGAUGGAGGUCGAUUUCCUGUGGAGUUGGAACAUCUUUGCGUGGCAAAUAUUUGCUUUCGCACUCCUCGGAUACUCCAUUGCGCGUCUUCGCGCACUAGCUGCCCCAUACGCUAUUGUGUUCGCGAGUCUUGGUGGCUGCAGCGUGAUAUCAACCUGUUACGGUUCGGCUAUAUGUUCGGUAACCCACGUGCUAGCAGUCAUGCAGAACCCUCCUUCUAGCAACGAAUUCAUGUAUGAGGCCACUCAUUGAGAACGAAGAUAUGGGAAUAUCGUUCCUAAGUAAGAAGGUAAAGGGGGAACGACAUUCCCCGAUCGACAUUCUCAAGGAGUGGAAGCAUUCAAUUCAGCAAAGUCCAGAAGGUGUUCGAGUUGCCCUCGGCAACAGCCGACAUCAACGCAUUCGCGUUGUUUCUCGCAAAGAAAGUUGGUCUUUUCAAGGAAUCCGCGACUCAGAAGCCAAAAACAAAUAGACAAAGCAAAACGCAAAUAUGCGAUAGCUCUGCUAACGUGGAAUACGAUCUCUGCGAGUCUUCAGCGUCCACCUCCACUUCCAAGUCAGGACGACCACAUCCGCACGGCGCAAAGAGCAAGGUGUCGUUGCGAAAGAAUAAGGCCUCAGCGUCACGGAGUGAUUUGAAUCUACUGAAUUCAGAGGACGCCGACACGACCAGUGCGCUUACAAAUACUUCGCAGGAAGAACGACUGAACGACAACGACAACGACUCACCUUUAGCUACUCCACUUCAGCUGACACUGCGGCGUCGACGCUUUCCAAGCUGGGCUAUGCAAUUGAUAUCACUUGUUUUCUCCACGCUCGUGGCCGCUGGGCUGAUUCGAUACUAUCGAGUACAAGUCGCAUUGGUGCCGUGUGGAUCAGCCGACGGUGCAAAAAUCGGCGUAGCAGCUGGUAUCCGCAACUUUUUUUGCAGCCGUGGAGCUGUCUACAAGUCUAAAGGCGCAACGGACAUGCUCGAGCUGAGUUCGUUCAUCAAUCGACACCUUCUGAAUACGCCCAACAGGGAAGAGCGCUUCUCUCGUCCUCUUUUAAGUGCUUCACCUUCGUAACAUCUUUACAGAGGCUCUUCUCUGGAAAGGGCUUUUCAUCGAAUGAAUCACUGUGAUAAGAGAUGCUAGUCGUUUGAAGAAGCUGAGAAAGCCUGUAAAGAUGAAGAUUUUGAAACCCUUUAAGUAUCUUGCCUAGUGCAAAGGGAACCAGUGGGGAUAUUGAUGAAAUCGCUCGAAAGCGUCCGCGCAUUGCAUGGACAACUGAUCUUCGUAGUACAGAUAUCAAUAGCGGGGCCGGAAUGCACGUGUCUUCGCAGAGUCAGACGGAUCCGCAGCAAGGUAAACCAGUAGUGGUUGCUGCGUCCAUGUCCACCUCGGGCGCGCUGCGACUGUUCACGCGCGCGAAUCUGGUGGUGCACCCGCAUUUUGAGUCCGAGAAACUUCGACAACGGGUUCAACUACUUUACUCGGGGCUUUACCACUGUCCCAAGCCACAGGUCUUUGCCGAACGCAUUCUUGACAAGCUUCAAGCGAAUUUUGUGGUUGUUGAGAAUCACCGCUGUUUCUUUACACCUUUUGUGGUAGACCGUGCGUUUCAACGUAAUUUGACGGGUAGCAAUUGCGCGGCUGGAGAGAGAUAUACGCCUAUGGACCUCAUCUGUCGCACGCUGUUGAGGUCACCAAAGUAUUUUCGCCUCCGCUAUGCCAACUCCGCAUACAGUCUAUACGAGCGUCUCCAAGGACUAAGACGCAAUCAAGAUGAAGAUGUUCUUGAUGAGGACGAACCAUCGCCAGAAGAAGAAAUGCCUCUCAGCCUCUACCGCGACACGCAGGUAAGCUUGGCAGCUUCAUCGUCUGAGCUGUUCGAAAUCGAUGGAGUUGGUGAGGGCUUGAAUGGGGCGUUGCCAGUCGAGACCACGCUGUUGGAUUCGAAGUACUGGCGAGCUGUGGUCGCGGAGUCUGACGCCGAUGCUGGCAGCCUCGCGACUUUUGCUGCAACCUUCUUCGAGAACGAUAGGCACGCUGGGCGCGACACGCGCACGCUCCAGGAGAUUGGAGUGGCGCUCCUUGACAGCUUGGAAGGGCUUUUUCCAGAGAACGCGGUUGUUAAAUUUCUCAAGGGUCGUUUCAUGGACUAUGUCCUCCAGCGAAAGGAACCUGCGAUGCGACUCUAUUCUGGGGCCUUCUACGCGAUGCACCCACUCCCACAUCGCCUCUCUGACGGCAGCUUUGUAGUCGAUGUCCUGAACAAAACGACAAAGCGGCCGGAUGGCAAUGUUCUCAUCACGCAGGGUCUGCGGGAUGAAGUGAGUGCGGCGGUCUCUCGGAUCCUCGCGACGGGAUUUUCUUCCCGAACUUUGGUCGCCGGAGGUAGAUACGAACAGAAUCAGGAGGAAGAACCCGCAAAGAGCCCGAAUGCUGUCGCCGCCAUGGAAUUUCUUCUGUUCUUGGAUUUGCAGCUGAAAGACCCGGCUGAGAGUCGGCGCGCUGUACUAGCAAUUUUAAAUGCCGGAUUCGAUUGGUCGCCGCGAGGCUCUUCGGCGCACAACACCCGACUCCUAUGCGAUGUCGCGGUCAGCAUAAAAGAGGCCUUCGGACUGCGAGACGCAGCAAAACGAGUCAUACAGUACAUCAGCCACACGCUCAGUCCGACGCACAACUGUCUCGAAACGAAUUACGAACUUAUAACUGGCCAAAAGCUGGUGCCUGCAGCGGCAAGAUCAUCUUCAGAAUCCUCAAAGAGUUCGUCACCCUUUCACUCAUGGGAUUACUUUAGAGUUGCUCUUCGCGGUCGGAUGCCGCAAGACUUCCAUCCUCAAAUUGGAAUUCCCUUACGUGGGUUUGCAGUUGGUACGGAAAAAGCUCUAGGUCGAUGGCAAUGAUGUAACUCGAAACAUGUUGAAAAGGAAUUAAUCAGAUGCUUUCAUCCUGCUGCACUGAUGCAUCUUCUACUAUUUAAUUCAUCCCAGGUACUACGUGACUUUUCUUCAAUUGAUUCGAAAACUUUUUUUUUGUAUCGCGAGCGAGUUCCGUGAAGGACCUGCCUACAUGUUUCCCGCGUAGUUAGGCGUGGGGGGAGCUCUUUACCUCCUUAACAACUACGCCCAUGCCCCUACGGUACGGCUUACCAUGAUCAAGAACUAGGAGCAAAGGCCGGGAAGACUACCCAACUAGUACCUGCCACCGGAGACGUUGCACGUCUCACCAUCACGCGCUUUCUGAGAAUGCUAGACUGGGGCGGCGGAACGUUGUCAGCUUAAAAACGUUAGCUCUUUUCUUUUGGCCCUAGGUGACGCUGCGCGGCAACUGCUUGCUGGUGAGAACUAGAAGAUGACAGGACUAACUAAAAGCAUGCGCGUUAGUUAAAUUGGUGGAGGAACACUAGCAUCUAGUGCGUGCUUAAUAUAAGUCUUCCUUUCUUCAUCUUCAUGCGUCUCCUCCUUCUUCGUCCCUCUAGUCUACCUUUUUCGCUUUUUUGAUUAUCUUCCAGUUCCAUAUAGGAGCCUCGCAACCACUCGACUCGACGUUUCCACUACGUCGCCCUUCAUCCUUAUCGCGUGUUCUCGUUUUUACUUUCUGCCUUUUUCCAUUUGCUUCAUGUGGUUGCCUUUUUGCUUCGCUCCUCUCCUCGUUUCAAAAAAUUCAUCAAUAAUGGACCUGGAAAAAAGCAAUAGAGUGUAGUUAUACAAACGGUAAAAAGACGAUAAGAACAGAAACUGGAGGUAAUUGAUUCUAAUUGAUUCGAAAACUAACAAACAAACAGCAAAUACUUCUCUGCAUAGCUUGCUGCGGUGCAAUAUGUGCCUCCUGGUUUUCAUUGAUUAUGAAUUUGGAAUCCAUGUGGUUGCCUUUUUAACGCAUCUGGCUCUAUUUGGAUGGUCUUGCAUCAUGGUCACCUCUUCUGUGAGGCAGAGGCCGGCCAUUCCGGUGCUUAGAGAAUGCUUGAUGAACCGACCAACGAGCGAAUCAAUUCGACGGUCCUGUGCUGUGUAUUUCACCAGGGCAAGCCUCGUUUGUUGGUCCACGUUUAUCCAAACACCGCAUAUUUGAUGUAAACAUUUUGCCCGUCCGCAACUACACUAUUUUUAGUGUGCGAUGGCUUUUGCCUGCUGCCAUGCAUGCACAAAGUUGUGGUCGAAUGACCUGUCUUCGAGGGUUCCCAUAGC